AUGCGCGAUGCCGAGGGAGCCCAGCCGCUCAGCCCUAGGGUGCUGGGCGAGGAUCGGGCGACCCGAUCCUACAUCCUGGCCCCCGAGACCAGCUGCCCCGACGUCCCCGCCUUGCUGGAGGUGUCCUCCGAGCCAGGCAGUCCCCUCGCACGUUGCAACAGCGAGCCGGAGCUGGCAGACCUGGGGCACCCCUUCCUGACGGCCGCCGCACUGCCAGGCUUGGCCCGCACGCACACGGAGGUGGGCUCCAGGAUGGCCAGCCUGGCGACCGGCGAGGCGCGGCCCACCUCCCUGCCCCCGCCCCGCCCCACCUCUGCGCAGUCGCCCCGCCCCGCGCCCAGCCAACCCCCCGAGCCGCCGGAGGUCAGCCUGCCGACCGCUAACACCCGGACCCCCUCCGCCUCCACGGCGUUCUGGGCUUACGUGGGGUCGGAGCUGCGGCCCGCCAGCGCACAGGGCCUGCCGGACGACGUCUGGGGUCAGACGGAGCGGGACAGAGUGUACAAUGCCAUCCUGGCGGUGCCGUACCAGCUCGAGCGCUUCCAGAUGGCGGGCGUGCUGGUGUGCCUGGACUCCUUCCUUUCCAUCUUCACCCUGGUCCCCCUGCGCCUGGCCCUGGCCCUCGGCGCGGGGCCGCUCACCGGGCCCCAGCUCUACGACCUGCUGCUGCUGGGCAUGUUUGGGUGCAUGAUGGCUUUCAUCACCAGCCUGAACGUGGGCUCCAUCUACUACUGGCUCAAGGACCUCACCCACGAGUUCCUCAAGCUCUCCGUCCUCUACACCGCCCUGGAACUCAGCGACAAGGCCAUGGUCUUCUCCGUGGCGCUGAACAGCAAGAAGAACGCGCUGGUGGGCCUGCUCAUCGCUGCCAACUUUGGCGAGAUCAAGGGCACCGUGUUCAAGCGCUUCGACGCCGGCAAGCUGUACAACCUGACCUGCCAGGACGUGGUGGAGCGCUUCCACCUCAUCCUCAUCCUCGCCUUUGUGGUGGUGGAGGAGAUGGGGAACAGCGGGCACGCCGCGCCCAAUGCGGGGCUGCUGGCGCAGUGCGCCGAGAUCUUCGCGGCCGAGGCCGCCAUUGACGUGGUCAAGCACGCCGUGCUGGGCAAGUUUAACGAGAUCAGGCCGGGGGUGUAUCGCGAAUUCAUGCGUGACCUGAGCGAGGGGGUGGGGGCCUCCGCCAGCAACUCCAGCCACCGCCUGGUGGGGUUUGAGCCUUUUGCCGCCGCCGCCCUCUUCCUCAGGAUAUCCACCACCUUCCUGGCGCUGCGCUUCCCGGCUUCUCCCGCCUCGGUGCCUGGCCUUCCAGCGGCGCUGGGCAGGCUCGCGCUGCGUGCGCUGCGCAUCAUGCCCUACUGGGCCGUCCUCAUGGCCUGCAAGCUGCUGCUGGGGCACGGGCUGCGCCUGGCCGGCCGCGCCUACCUGCGCCACUACGAGGCCACGGCGGUGCGACCCCGGGGCAGCGCCCGCCGCAACGUCAGCGUGCUGGGCCACAUGGGCGCGCAUGGAUCGGCAAGAAAGGACGACUGA